UAUAAAUAAGUGGCUCCACCAAGCCAGAGCACCCUAUUGUGAGGAAUCCAUCCCAAGAGACCUUCAACAUGAGACUCCUGUCCUUACCCCUCUGCCUGAGCUGGGUUCUGACUCUGUGCCUGGCUGCACCACCGCACCACAAAGAAGGCCACUCAGAUCCUCAUCACAAAGAAGAUUAUGCUCAUCCUGAUCAACAUGGUCACUCUGAUCAACACGCUCACCCGGAACACAGUCAUCACCAUGACCUUGUUCGCUGUAGUGGAAUAGAGUUUGAUGCCAUCACUCUAGACGAGCAUGGAGUCACCUACUUCAUUAAAGAUGAUCACCUGUGGAAGGGGUACAGAGGCUCCUCUGAAUUUACUAAUCAAACUUUCCAUGAGCUACAUGGGAGCAUUGAUGCUGCUUUCAGGAUGCACCACAAAGUAAAACCUGAAGACCAUGACCGGGUAUUCAUCUUCAAGGGUGACCAUGUCUGGAGUUUCUACAACCACACACUAGAAGACGGCUUUCCCAAACUCAUCAACAGUGAGUUCCCAGGAAUCCCAAAUGAAUUGGAUGCUGCUGUGGAAUGUCCAUCUGGAGAGUGCAAAACAGACUCUGUUCUCUUCUUUAAAGGAUCACAUGUAUACCACUAUGACCUGCUGACUCAUUCGGUGAAAGAGAAGGAUUGGCCAGCAGUUAUGAACUGCACUUCUGCAUACCGGUGGCUGGAGCGCUACUUCUGUUUCCAGGGCACAAAGUUCCAGCGUUUCCACCCUGUCACUGGACAUGUAUCUGAAGGCUACCCCAAGGAUGUCCGAGAUUAUUUCAUGAAGUGUCCUGACAGAGGCCAUGGAGACAAAACCAGAGAGGCACAUUUUGGGCGCUGCAGUGGAAAACCAUUUGAUGCAUUCACUGCUGAUGAUGAGGGCAAGAUAUAUGCUUUCCGAGGUGACUAUUUCCUGCGCCUGGACACGAAAAGGGAUGGCUAUCAUUACUGGUCAAUCACCUCUAACUGGAAGGAACUGCAUGACCACAUCAAUGCUGUCUUCACCUGGGACCACAAAAUGUACUUCAUCCAGGGAGAUCAGGUGUACAUCUACAAGUCUGACGUACACUACACGUUGGUAGAGGGCUACCCCAAACCAGUGGAAGAGGAGCUGGGAGUGAAGGGACCAGUGGAUGCUGCCUUCCUGUGUGGGAACUCUCAUUUGGUGCACAUCAUUCAAGGAAAACGUAUGUUUGAUGUUGACAUGUCAGAGUCGCCGCGCAAAGUGGUAAAGGAAUGGCCAUUGCCCUUUGAUCAUGUGGAUGCAGCAAUGUGUGGAGCUGAAGGGAUACAGGUUUUCAUUGGGGACAUUUACUAUGAGUACAAAAGCCCUAUGCUACUGGCAACCUCCAGAAUGCAACCAUUCCCCCACAAUACCAGUAAGGAGCUACUUGGCUGUGAUAAUUAGGGUGCAGAAGCAAGUUGUGUAAUGAAGAGCACUGUGCAGCACACAUAUAGUUUUUGUUACACAGCAUCCUUCCUCCACACACAUCAGCUUGACGCACAUUAUCAGACAUUUUUAUCAGUAGAUCUUCAAUGUCUCAGAGUAGUAAACAAGCACUACAAAAUACAUCAAAAUCUUGCCAAACCCUUCUCUGGCUAAUUGACAACACUACCCUCCUGUUGGCCAGCCAAUUCUUAACUAGCCCCUGUCCUCUCAUCCUUUCUUUGUCCAAUGCCAAAUAGCUAAUCCCUCCCAAACCCCAUGACAUAAUGUAUCAUCCUGCUUUCCCUGGACAGACAACUUCUGUACCACAUUGAACAAACUAAAAAUGAACUUAACUCUUUAAUAAAAUGCUUGUUUCUCAGUG